AUGGGACUCGAUCAGCACCUGAGAGGACGCAACGUCAUCUCCAUGCUCCUUUCCAUCAACAUCAGUGAAGAGGAGAUUCGGGACUUUGGUUUCGAGGUGGCUCGAGAGUACCUGAAUGAGGUCGACGAGUACGCCAAAUCGGUGGAUGGACGCAUCGACUGGACGUAUAUCAACUAUGCCGACCGAGCGCAAAACCCACUUGGCUCCCUACUGGAUCCCGCGGCCAGCAAGCAAGCCGCAGUGCAACACGAUCCGGAGGGCAUCUUUCAGAGGAAAAGCCAUGGCGGAUCCAAGAUCUUGAAUUGCUAA